AUGACGUCUCAUAUUUGGAGCAUUGUCUCCAAGCGAGAUUCCUUGUGGGUUGAUUGGGUGUAUUCGUAUCGGUUAAAAGGUAAGAGUUUUUGGGUUUGCAAAACGCCCUCAAAUAGCUGUUGGUCGUGGCGAAAGCUCACUCAGUUGCGGCCUCUAAUUAGACGUCAUAUAUUGUCGGAAGUGAGUAAUAGUGUUAACACUUCAGCUUGGUUUGAUACUUGGAACGAUUUGGGGCCUCUGGGUGAUUUUCUCUCAUCUAGAGUUAUCACUGAUGCUGAUUUUAGAUUGGAAGAUUCGGUGGCUGAUGUUUAUUCGAAUGGAGCUUGGAGAUGGCCUACGGCUUGGAGGGAUCUAUUCCCUGUUCUUAUUCAAACGGAUCAAGUUCUUUUGGAUCCCUUGAAAAAUGAUAGGCUAUUAUGGAAGGAUGGGGAUGAUCUUAAUGGGUUUUCAACUUCUUGGGUUUGGCACUCGUUGCGACACAAAGAACCGGAAGUGAAUUGGUGUAGUAUCGUGUGGUUUGCUCAGUGUAUUCCGAGGCACGCCUUCAUGAUGUGGUUGAUUAUGAAACGUAAGCUACUUACGCAGGAUAAAAUUCUGCAAUGGGAUCUAUCUCGUCGAAAAAACAUGAACAUGAUGUGCUGUUUACUGUGCUUUGAGGAUUUCGAUUCUCAUCCUCACCUGUUUUUUGAAUGCAAGUACUCUUCUCAGGUGUGGACGCAAAUUCGAGAUCGAGGAGGGAUGAAUUCGGUUUGCCCUAGAUGGUCGGAGAUUGUUUCUUGGCUUUGUGCUCUUCCUAAUCAUAAGAGGGCUGAUACAUAUGUUGCUAAGCUUCUAGUUGCGGCUACUGCAUACAACAUUUGGCAGGAGAGGAAUGCUAGGCUGUUUAAAAUUCAACUCAGACCUCCGGAGACUGUUUGCGAUGUUAUUAUAAAAAUAAUACGAUACAAGUUGAUGGGUGCAAAACUGAAGGAUACUGGGAGGGUACGGAAGAUUCUUGAAGAAUGGGAGAUCCAUGCGCAUAAAGAUGGCGACGAUGGUGGCUGA